CGCAGGCGGCGCUGAAACCCUCUCAGCCACCCCUGCUGUCAGCGCUUACCCGACGGGGGCAGCUCGCAGCUUGAGAUCCGAGAGAGAGAGGGAGAGUGAGAAAUAUGGUGGGCAAUAUGUGCGGUCGCAAGCUGGCUCGCCGCUCCAAAUCAGCGCUGAUAGUCGCGCUGACAGUUCUCCUGGUUCAGACGCUGAUCGUGUGGAACUUUAGUACCCUGGAUACCGGGGAAGAAGCGGGCGAAGGUGCCAAUAGUAGGCGGGAGAAGAGGGACCAAGUCGGGGGCAUCCACAAAGCCUACAGGCAGUACCCCCGGAGCGGGCUGCCAAAGAGGCAUCACCAACCUCCGCUUGGGAAAACGGCUGUCCGACACAAGCAACAACCGGAGGGCUACCACUCCUGGCGUCCCAAGGAGAAAAUCCUCCUGGAUAGUAACAACAAUGAGAACUCGGUCCCCAAAGACUUUGACACUGUUGUUGACAGCAACAGCAACCUUGGGGCGCGGUCUCAGCGCCAGCGAAUGGCAGGAAACACCGCCAAACACAAACCGGACAAGGCCCUAAGGCAAGGCAUUCUGGGAAAGGCCUUUCCCAAUGAGGUCAACGAGGUUAUUCAGCAGUACCCUCUUCCUCCACAGCAGCCCGGAGGAGCGGGACUUAAAGAUAGCCACGCAUACAAACGACCCAAACCACACUCCCAGCUGUCCACUAAACCCGCUAGACCUUCCCCCUCUCCCUCCAUCAAAACAUCCAAUCAGCAUCAGCGACAUCACCAACCCAGGAAGUCGGCGACUGCGGCUCCUGUGCGGGGGCAGCGGAGGGAGAAGCACCAGUGUGAGAUCAGUGGGAAGGAGGCCAUCUCGGCUCUGUCGAGAGCCAAGACCAGGGAGUGUCGUCAGCAGAUAGCUGAGGUGUACUGCAGACACAAGGAGAGGACACUGAUGCCGGAGACCGUCCCUCGAUACUGCACCAUAGAAGGUAAGGCCAAUGUGAAUGUACAAUGGGAUGAGGGCUCAGAGCAGACUGCCCCUGCUGUGCCAGUUCGCAUCGUCUUCGUCUUGGUGGUCCAUGGCAGAGCGUCUCGGCAGUUCCAACGCCUGUUCAAGGCCAUCUACCAUACCUCACACUACUACUAUAUACAUGUAGACCAGCGAUCCAACUACCUCCACAGACAGGUGGGGGCUCUAGCGAGCCAGUACUCCAACGUCCGUGUUACUUCCUGGAGGAUGUCCACCAUUUGGGGCGGGGCGAGCUUGCUCACCAUGUACCUGCGUAGCAUGGACGACCUUCUCAAGAUGGCCGACUGGAAUUGGGACUUCUUCAUCAACCUCAGUGCAGCCGACUACCCUAUCAGGACCAAUGAGCAGCUGGUGGGCUUCCUGACAAAGUACCGGGACAUGAACUUCAUCAAAUCCCACGGCAGAGACAACACACGAUUCAUCCGUAAGCAGGGUCUGGACCGGCUCUUCUUCGAGUGUGACACACACAUGUGGCGCCUAGGCGACCGCAAGAUCCCAGAAGGUAUUGCGGUGGACGGAGGUUCCGAUUGGUUCCUUCUGAACCGCAUGUUUGUGGAUUACAUCAUCAACUCUGAAGAUGAGCUGGUCGUCAGCAUGAAGCGCUUCUACGCAUACACACUGCUGCCUGCCGAGUCGUUCUUCCACACAGUGCUAGAGAACAGUGCUCACUGUGAGAGUAUGGUGGACAACAACCUGCGUAUCACCAACUGGAACAGGAAGCUGGGCUGUAAGUGUCAGUACAAACACAUCGUAGACUGGUGCGGCUGCUCCCCCAACGACUUUAAACCCCCUGACCUGCCACGCUUUCAGCAAACGUCCAGGCCUACGUUUUUCGCCCGUAAAUUUGAGGCUAGCGUGAACCAGGAGAUUGUUACCCAGCUGGACAGCUUCCUGUUUGGCCCUUAUCCACAGGAGACCCCAGGGCUCCAGUCGUACUGGGAGAAUGUGUACGAUGAGACGGACAGCGUUGCCAGCCUAUCAGACAGCCAGCUCACUCACUACCACGCCUUCACACGCAUGGGCCUAUCACGGGCCGCCACGUCACUGCAGGGCCACCCUGACAACAACAGCUGCAGGUAUAUCCCCAGGGGCCACCCGGUGUCUGUCCAUUUGUACUUCCUGUCAGACGUGUUCCAAGGCUACCUGGUUCGUCAACAUGCUAGUAACCUAGCAACCAGCCAGCUAGAGACCCUAGAGACUUGGGUCUCCCAUAGCAACCACUUCACCCUGGCCCCAGCAACCAACACACUCAACAGACUACAGUUUGCAGAGGUGGGUACAGACUGGGACGCCAAAGAGAGAAUCUUCAGGAACUUCGGAAGCCUCCUGGGCCCCACGGAGGAGCCGGUUGCCAUGCAACGCUGGGGCCGGGGACAGAACGUCACGGUAACCGUCGUCUGGGUGGACCCCACCAACGUCAUAGCCGCCACAUACGACAUCCUGGUGGACGGCGGGACAGAGUACACACACUACCGGCCCCCGUUAACCGUGCCGUUACGACCCGGCGUGUGGACGCUGCGAGUGUUGCAUCACUGGAACCUGUUGGCCUCCACCAGCUUUGUGGUUUCACCUCUGGAGCACCACGGCCAGCAGCCUAUACGCCAGGAAGACACAGUGAAGCUCCACAGCGGGCCGGUCCGUAACUCCUACAUGGAUCAGAGUUUCCACGGCCUCAACCCCAUCCUCAACCUCCCUGUGCACCUGGGACAGGUGGAGGAGGCGGAGUUUAAAGCGUCACUGACAGGGGCGGAGCUCCAGAGCUGGGUGGACCAUCUCCUGGCAGGGGUUUGGUCUGCAGCGGACGUGUGUUCUCAGGGUCCUAGCUCCUGUCCCGUUAUGCAGCGGUGUCGGGAGACGGGAUGGAGCGCGCUCAGUCCCGACCCGAAGUCUGAUCUGGGUCCCCCCAGAGGGAACGGACGGAUUAGGUAGCACCGUCGCCACGGCUACUGCUACAGCCAACCAAUGGCUUGGAGGAUGAACUAACAGGAAACGUUUUAGUGUGGUGAGAUGGUCUGCUGCGUUCUAAAUUGCUCCUCCAUUUCCUGUAUACUGAGUGGACAAAACAUUAAGAACACCUGUUGUAUCCAUGACUGACCAGGUGAAUCCAGAUGAAAGAUAUGAUCCCUUAUUGAUGUUACUUGUUAAAUCCUCUUCAAUCAGUGUAGAUGAAGGGGAGGAGACCUGGUUAAAGAAUGUUUUUAAGCCUUGAGACAAUUGAGACAUGGAUUGUGUCUGUGUUGCCAUUCAGAGGGUGAAUGGUAGUAGGUACCAGACACACCGGUUUGUGCCAAGAACUGCAACGUUGCUGGGUUUUUCACACUCAACAGUUUCUGUGUGUAUCAAGAAUGGUGUUCUUAAAUGUUUUGUACUCUCAGUGUAUAGUGCACUACCAUAGGGCUCUGAUCAGAAGGAGUGCACUAUAUAGGGAACAGGGUGUCAUUUGGGACACAGUAAAGGGAGGAGAUCGAAUGCAUUGGAUUACUGUACGAACGGCGUCAUCACCAACCAUGGCGUAACUCAGGAGCCAGGUAGUAGAGAAGGUUAGAAGAAAAGGCUGUGGACUGAAACCAAGAAGAAAUGAGAUAAGGAGCAGAGUCAUCCUCUUCAGCAUCAGGUGGCGCCACCUUCUGUCUCGGAGGCUAAACUGACUCUAGGAUUAAUUGAAUUUGAUUUAUUGAUUGAUUGUUGUGUGGCACCCUUUUCCCUAUAUAGUGCACUACUUUAGACCAAAGCCCUAAGGGGAGUAGGGUGCCAUUUGGGACAAAUACUCAUGCCUGGAGAAGAGGAUGGAGGAACACGACACCGUCCUCUGAAAGGAGAAGGAGGAACACGACACUGUUCUCUGAAAGGAGAUGGAGGAACACGACACCGUCCUCUGAAAGGAGAAGGAGGAACACGACACUGUUCUCUGAAAGGAGAUGGAGGAACACGACACCGUCCUCUGAAAGGAGAAGGAGGAACACGACACUGUUCUCUGAAAGGAGAUGGAGGGACACGACACUGUUCUCUGAAAGGAGAUGGAGGAUCACGACACUGUUCUCUGAAAGGAGAUGGAGGAACACGACACCGUUCUCUGAAAGGAGAUGGAGGAACACGACACUGUUCUCUGAAAGGAGAUGGAGGAACACGACACUGUUCUCUGAAAGGAGAUGGAGGAACACGACACCGUUCUGCGAAAGGAGAUGGAGGAACACGACACUGUUCUCUGAAAGGAGAUGGAGGAACACGACACCGUUCUCUGAAAGGAGAUGGAGGAACACGACACUGUUCUCUGAAAGGAAAUGGAGGAACACGACACUGUUCUCUGAAAGGAGAUGGAGGGACACAACAUCGUUCUCUGAAAGGAGAAGGAGGAACACGACACUGUUCUCUGAAAGGAAAUGGAGGAACACGACACUGUUCUCUGAAAGGAGAUGGAGGAACACGACACCGUUCUGCGAAAGGAGAUGGAGGAACACGACACCGUCCUCUGAAAGGAGAAGGAGGAACACGACACUGUUCUCUGAAAGGAGAUGGAGGAACACGACACUGUUCUCUGAAAGGAGAUGGAGGAACACGACACCGUUCUCUGAAAGGAGAUGGAGGAACACGACACUGUUCUCUGAAAGGAGAUGGAGGAACACGACACUGUUCUCUGAAAGGAAAUGGAGGAACACGACACUGUUCUCUGAAAGGAGAUGGAGGAACACGACACUGUUCUCUGAAAGGAAGGAGAGGACUUAAAGGAGAGGAAGACCAGGAGAGAGGAGUGAAAAUACCUCCAUAUUCUCAUUUAUUCUCCUCUGAGCCCCUCCUGAACUCAUUUGGACUGAGUGUGUGUGUGUGAAUGUGUGUGUGUGUGUGUGCGAGCGAGCGUGGGUUUUCUUCAGUGCCAUGUCUGUAUCUCAGCUCUGCUGGAUCACAAAGGGGGUGCGUCACGAUAAUAUCUCCUUUCUCCUGAAGUGUACACUCGUUCACUACUUCCCACAAAUCUAAAAGCAUUGGAUUGGGAGAGCCGUAGUGGGAGUUCUGAUACCAGUCAUUUCCUUUUCAACCAGUGACAGGAAGUGAAGACACGGGGAGGAAGGAGAGAUAAUUGGCAUGUACAGUAGCCAGGGAUUGUAUUCAUCUCCCUGUUUAUCCUGUAGAUCUCUCUACCCUUCAUGUGCUUUACAUGAGACAGAGUACAAUUCUAAGUUAACUAUUUAUUCAAGUUUAUAUUAUAUUAAUGAAACAGUUUUUUGUUGUUGUCAAUGACUGAUGUUUACAUUCGGCAUCCUAUUCCCUACAUACUGUCUAUGGACACUGGUCAAAAGUAGUGCACUAUGUAGGGAAUAGGAUGCUGUUUUGGAGGCGAUCAUGCUGGGGAGGGGUUUGCACACGGCAGAGAACCUGCUGUCUUGAUUUCCAAAGACCCUCAACCCCCUGUUGUCAUGACAUCAGACACGUUGUCCUGUUCAGGGCUCCAUCUCAAUACUCUAAAGAGGCUUGUCUUCCCCUGGGAAAGGAGCUUAACAGGGAUACGUUGGGCAAUGAGACCUGCUAGCAUGCUAGCAGAUAGCGCAACGACUGGAAGUCUAUGGGUAACGCUAGUUAGCAUCGGUUCUCAAAACUACCUCCAACUUCCCUCAUACUGGACACAGAGACAUAAACAUACUAUCCACGAGUUCAACGGACUCUGGGGAAGUAGAUAAAUGACCUCACUACCACAAUCCCAAAGUAUUCCUUUAAGGAAAAUAAGUGAGGAGAGGAGCUUGAAGAGAGGAGGCGAGGAAGCCUCUGUAGACUAUUGAGAUGCAACCCUAUGACUGUGGUCUACUGCCACCCACAGGCUACAUUACAAAUGGAGUCCUAUUCUAUAGUGCACUACUGUUGACCUGAAAACUAUGGGCCCUUUUCCCUAUAUUGUACAUUACUUGACCAGAGUCCUACAUUGUACAGUCAGUAGCCGGUUAGACAGUCAGUACAUCCAGACCCAGUGCAUCCGGUCUGGAUGUAACAUUAUAGACAGGAUCACUGGGUCUGGAUGUAACAUUAUAGACAGGAUCACUGGGUCUGGAUGUAACAUUAUAGACAGGAUCACUGGGUCUGGAUGUAACAUUAUAGACAGGAUCACUGGGUCUGGAUGUAACAUAGACAGGAUCACUGGGUCUGGAUGUAACAUAGACAGGAUCACUGGGUCUGGAUGUAACAUAGACAGGAUCACUGGGUCUGGAUGUAACAUAGACAGGAUCACUGGGUCUGGAUGUAACAGACAGGAUCACUGGGUCUAGAUGUAACAUAGACAGGAUCACUGGGUCUGGAUGUAACAGACAGGAUCACUGGGUCUAGAUGUAACAUAGACAGGAUCACUGGGUCUGGAUGUAACAGACAGGAUCACUGGGUCUAGAUGUAACAGACAGGAUCACUGGGUCUAGAUGUAACAUUAUAGACAGGAUCACUGGGUCUAGAUGUAACAUAGACAGGAUCACUGGGUCUGGAUGUAACAUAGACAGGAUCACUGGGUCUGGAUGUAACAUAGACAGGAUCACUGGGUCUGGAUGUAACAUAGACAGGAUCACUUGGUCUGGAUGUAACAGACAGGAUCACUGGGUCUAGAUGUAACAGACAGGAUCACUGGGUCUAGAUGUAACAUUAUAGACAGGAUCACUGGGUCUAGAUGUAACAUAGACAGGAUCACUGGGUCUGGAUGUAACAUAGACAGGAUCACUGGGUCUGGAUGUGACAGACAGGAUCACUGGGUCUGGAUGUAACAUAGACAGGAUCACUGGGUCUGGAUGUAACAGACAGGAUCACUGGGUCUGGAUGUAACAUAGACAGGAUCACUGGGUCUGGAUGUAACAUAGACAGGAUCACUGGGUCUGGAUGUAACAUAGACAGGAUCACUGGGUCUGGAUGUAACAGACAGGAUCACUGGGUCUGGAUGUAACAGACAGGAUCACUGGGUCUGGAUGUAACAUUAUAGACAGGAUCACUGGGUCUGGAUGUAACAGACAGGAUCACUGGGUCUGGAUGUAACAGACAGGAUCACUGGGUCUGGAUGUAAUAUUAUAGACAGGAUCACUGGGUCUGGAUGUAACAGACAGGAUCACUGGGUCUGGAUGUAAUAUUAUAGACAGGAUCACUGGGUCUGGAUGUAACAUUAUAGACAGGAUCACUGGGUCUGGAUGUAACAUACAGGAUCACUGGGUCUGGAUGUAACAGACAGGAUCACUGGGUCUGGAUGUAAUAUUAUAGACAGGAUCACUGGGUCUGGAUGUAAAAUUAUAGACAGGAUCACUGGGUCUGGAUGUAACAGACAGGAUCACUGGGUCUGGAUGUAACAUUAUAGACAGGAUCACUGGGUCUAGAUGUGACAGACAGGAUCACUGGGUCUAGAUGUGACAGACAGGAUCACUGGGUCUAGAUGUAACAUAGACAGGAUCACUGGGUCUGGAUGUAACAGACAGGAUCACUGGGUCUGGAUGUAACAUUAUAGACAGGAUCACUGGGUCUGGAUGUAACAUUAUAGACAGGAUCACUGGGUCUGGAUGUAACAUUAUAGACAGGAUCACUGGGUCUGGAUGUAACAUAGACAGGAUCACUGGGUCUGGAUGUAACAUUAUAGACAGGAUCACUGGGUCUGGAUGUAACAGACAGGAUCACUGGGUCUGGAUGUAACAGACAGGAUCACUGGGUCGUGAUGUAACAUAGACAGGAUCACUGGGUCUGGAUGUAACAGACAGGAUCACUGGGUCUGGAUGUAACAUUAUAGACAGGAUCACUGGGUCUGGAUGUAACAUAGACAGGAUCACUGGGUCUGGAUGUAAUAUUAUAGACAGGAUCACUGGGUCUGGAUGUAACAUAGACAGGAUCACUGGGUCUGGAUGUAACAUAGACAGGAUCACUGGGUCUGGAUGUAACAUUAUAGACAGGAUCACUGGGUCUGGAUGUAACAUAGACAGGAUCACUGGGUCUGGAUGUAACAUAGACAGGAUCAUUGGGUCUGGAUGUAACAGACAGGAUCACUCGGUCUGGAUGUAACAGACAGGAUCACUGGGUCUGGAUGUAACAUUAUAGACAGGAUCACUGGGUCUGGAUGUAACAUAGACAGGAUCACUGGGUCUGGAUGUAACAUAGACAGGAUCACUGGGUCUAGAUGUAACAUAGACAGGAUCAUUGGGUCUGGAUGUAACAUAGACAGGAUCACUGGGUCUGGAUGUAACAUAGACAGGAUCAUUGGGUCUGGAUGUAACAGACAGGAUCACUGGGUCUGGAUGUAACAUUAUAGACAGGAUCACUGGGUCUGGAUGUAACAUAGACAGGAUCACUGGGUCUGGAUGUAACAUUAUAGACAGGAUCACUGGGUCUGGAUGUAACAUUAUAGACAGGAUCACUGGGUCUGGAUGUAACAUUAUAGACAGGAUCACUGGGUCUGGAUGUAAUAGACAGGAUCACUGGGUCUGGAUGUAACAUUAUAGACAGGAUCACUGGCUCUGGAUGUAACAUUAUAGACAGGAUCACUGGGUCUGGAUGUAACAUAGACAGGAUCAUUGGGUCUGGAUGUAACAUUAUAGACAGGAUCACUGGGUCUGGAUGUAACAUUAUAGACAGGAUCACUGGGUCUGGAUGUAACAUAGACAGGAUCAUUGGGUCUAGAUGUAACAUUAUAGACAGGAUCACUGGGUCUGGAUGUAACAUAGACAGGAUCAUUGGGUCUAGAUGUAACACAUGUACAGUCAGCUUUAAAAAGCCUUGACCUUCUCACUUUUGACCUCAAGAGUAUACAUGGCUACGAUUGGCAAAACCCCAAAGAACAUUGAACCAAUGAGACGUCUGGUCCUGAGGCACCCUCUCCGCAGGGCGGGGCCAACAAGCAGGCCAGGCUGUCUGGUUUCAACACACCCUAAAAGGCCUCAGGACCAACCGACAUUGCUAACCUUCAAUGAAAUACGCUCUUGUGUGAUGAGCAACCUUGCUUGGGCUUUAGCUCUACAGGCUAACACCGUUUUGCAGCGCACAGUCGACCCAGGUUCAAACCCACACUGACCUCAGAAAAAACACUGUUGCUUAGUUACCUCUUGUGUCCAUGGGAACAAUUCAACUUUUAUUUACAGUUUCAGUCUCAGACAUUUUUAAAAUUUAGACUGAGCUAACUGACGUGAUGCCACGAGCAGCACCCGCAGAUAUUGAGAUGAGCGAGAUGCAACACUUCUCUCUCACCAGUCACACACAGUAUCUGCGCAUGUGCACAGGUUUGCUUUACGCUGUUCACAGCCCGGCAGCCAGGGGACCAAAACAGCGGACAAGUUGAGCAUCACGCUUCAACACUCUUAAGUUUGAGCCGCUAUGCCGUUUACUUUCUACAUGUACGUCAUAUUGCUGAGUCUACCUUUAAAUUAAACGUAUUUAAUAAAAUAUUCCACAGAUGUUUUUUAUGAUGUACAAUAGCUAUUUUAGUAUGAAUUAUUUAAAAAAAUAAAAAUACAAAAAAUGUAAAUAAAUGUA